AUGUUUGUAGGAGCUAUUAAUUGGAUUGGUACAUUUACGAAAGGCCCAGGAUGCGAUACAAAUUUGUGUUGCUGUCCGAAGAGUGACUUGGUCAUUAUUGAUGGCAGUAAUAAAACUAACGCCACCAUAUCAAUCGAAGGCGCUUGUCUAAAACCGAAUGCGUCGCUGAUCUCGUUUGAUAUAGAUAAAUCGGCAGACAAUGUGACUGUCCAGGAUGUGGGAAUUUUUACUGUGAAGGAAAACAUGACAGUCACGUUAUUUUGGACGUCUACACAAACGGCUUGUCCCGAUAUUAUUAUGAAACGUUCUUCGACCACCCUCGUGCUUCAUCAGUCUACUGGUAGCCCCAAACCUGGUGAUACCACUAUUGGUAAUCAAAACCAAGGCAAUGGAGUCACAUCACAUCAAGUUUCAUUUGUUUUCAACUUCGUUUCAAGUGUCGCCACACUUCUUGUAAUGAAAACUAUUUAA